CUCUUCUGCUUUCCUUCACUCUUUUCCUAUAUCUUCUGCGGUUUUUAAAGCUUUUAGGGGAAUUGAUUUGUGGGUUAGUUUGUUUUUAGUUGUUUGUAUUUGUGUUUCCCCUCUUUAAGUAGUUGUUAGUGAAAUUUGGAUUAUGUUAGUUGCUGGUGGUUUGUGUUUUGGUUUGGAGUCUGGUUUCAGUUUUAUUAUCUGCAUUUGCUCGAAACAGAAUACUCUUCCUAUAUCUGUCGAGGACGCCGUCCUAAUGGUGAAUAGCCAGUUAGAAGGUUUAAAGUGGUUCUUUAAAUCAUAUGGGUUUAUGAUGAUAACUCUUUUCAUCCGUGCUUAAUCAUUGUUUUAAAUUACUAUAUUUUUAUCAUCAUACAGUCCAGACUUACUUUUUCAAUAGCUUUGGCUUUUCUCUCUCUCUCUCUUCCCCCCAAAGUUGGGUCUACUUUAGUGAUGCGCUUAUACUUAUAGCUAGAGUGAAGGCAAAAGUUCUAAAUUACAGAUGGAUGCUAAAGCGGGUUCUAGACUAGGGUAUUUUGGAUUUUUUUAAUUGGAAAGAUGAGAGAGAAAGACAGACAGGUUGCUCUGUUAACACCACAUAUUUUCAUAUUUACACUAUUCUACAUCAUGAUUCUUGUGUCACUGGCUUGUGGGGGUUUUAACUUCUUGAUCAUAGCUUACCUCAAAUGCCAUAUUGGUUUAGUCGAGUAAUGUAGAGUUAAAUUAAUUUCUGCUGUAUGGUGAUGAAGAAGCUGCUGGUUGAUCUCCAUCAGAAUGUUUAGCGGCCUCUGCAAGGAAGACAUCAAAUUUAAAAGUUUCCUGUCAAAUCGCGAUGUUAUUUUGUUAGUAGACUUAUCUUGACCCAAGUGGAAUUGAUGUGGGUAUUUUUCUCUGGAUGGCUAUGUGGAUAGCUAGCAGCUUUCUCUCAACGAGUAUUACUUUCCGUCUUAAAUGAUUGGAGUGAUUAGAGAGUCUCUUUGACUUUAAACUUUAGAUGUUGGAUGUUUUGAUUAGUAAUAGAAUGACGAGGGAUGUCAAUGUCAAUAAUUUGGCUCCUUGUAGGGUUGAUUCCUUAUGUUUGGCAAAGGGGAUAGAUCUCACAUGCUUCAAUGGAAUGUUUUCUUGAUCACUUUACCUAACGGCCCUUUUUGUGGUCCAUACUUUUUGACCAAAAUAUGUUGGUCUGACUUGGCUGCGUGCUGUGAGGGAAUUUUCUCAAUGAAACUAUUUACAACUUCAUCGCAUUAGUGGUGGAGAACCUGUUUUCUUGGUAGCAUGUUUAAGAAUUUGACUUUGUAUGCUUUCCAAUUGUAGGCAAAUUUGACCUUUUCAGUACAAUCUAUGGAACUUGUUGGUCCAAGGAGAGUGAAUAAAAAGAAUUACCUAAUUAGAGAGAAUGGUGAUUCUCUUUUAUCAAAUGUAGAUGAUCUUGAUCCGUGGACUGCAUGGGCCUAUAGACCACGCACGGUUACUUUGUUACUUCUUGGUGCCUGCUUUCUUAUAACCAUGGUCUUCGACAUUUAUAGUUUUGGGUUGGAUUCUAACACUUUGGAUAGGAAGAAUAAAGGGAGGGCACUAGAGACUCUAUUUCCUAGUGCAUGCUGGGCCAGUGGAGCUCUAGAUCCUGAAUGCACUGCAUCAAGUGAUCUUGUUACAUCUGUUAAAAGGGGUGUGUGGGCAAUGAUCGCUGUAUUCCUUACAUAUUGCUUGCUUCAAGCUCCUUCUACGAUUCUUAUUAGGCCGCAUCCAGCCGUAUGGCGCUUAGUACAUGGUUUGGCUGUCAUUUAUCUUGUAGCACUCACAUUUUUACUUUUCCAGAAACGUGAUGAUGCUCGAGAAUUCAUGAAAUUUCUUCAUCCUGAUCUAGGCCUUGAGCUUCCUGAGAGAUCAUAUGGUACUGAUUGUCGUAUAUUUGUUCCCGAAAAUCCCACAAGCAGGUUUAAGAAUGUCUAUGCAACAUUAUUUGAUGAAUUUGUUCCUGCUCACAUAAUUGGAUGGUGGGGUAAGGCUAUAUUGAUCCGUAAUCAGCCCCUUCUUUGGGUACUAUCAAUUGGGUUCGAGUUAAUGGAGCUUACCUUCCGCCAUAUGCUACCAAACUUCAACGAAUGCUGGUGGGACAGUAUUAUCCUUGACAUUUUAAUUUGCAAUUGGUUUGGAAUAUGGGCAGGGAUGCGUACUGUUCGAUAUUUUGAUGGGAAAACAUACAAGUGGGUUGGUCUAAGCCGUCAGCCUAAUAUUAUUGGAAAAUCUUAUAUCCAGGUGAAACGGACCUUGGGACAGUUCACUCCAGCACAAUGGGAUAAAGAUGAGUGGCAUCCAUUACUUGGUCCAUGGCGUUUCAUUCAAGUUCUUGCUCUUUGCAUCGUCUUCUUGACGGUGGAGCUUAAUACAUUCUUUUUGAAGUAUUGUCUCUGGGUUCCUCCUAGAAAUCCUGUAAUAGUAUACAGAUUGGUCUUAUGGUGGUUAAUUGCCAUACCGACAAUGCGCGAGUACAAUGUUUACCUUCAAGACAGGAAACCUGUGAAAAAAAUUGGGGCAUUUUGUUGGCUCUCACUGGCCAUUUGCGUGGUUGAACUUCUAAUUUGCGUCAAGUUUGGACAUGGUUUAUAUCCUAAACCAAUGCCAUCUUGGUUGGUGCAAUUCUGGAUAACUGUUGGAGUUUCCCUUGUAUUAUUCCUGCUUAUUUGGACCUGGCAACUUCACCAAUUAGUUGCAAGGAAAAAGUGGAAAUAAUUUUUAUUGAAUUUCUUCAUAGGGAAAAAGGAAAAAGUAUUUUUUUUAAAAAAUUUAUUUCAUGGGACUCCCAUUCACAUAAUGUAAAAUUUUUAAUGCAUUUUGUAGAUAGCAUCAGGUUUUCCAUAGGGUAGUGGUAGAGUCGACGUUCAACAAAGUCAACGGGAGAUUUUUCUUUGGGGAGAGGGAAGAAUGUAUUCUAUGCUUAAAAGGCUAAUACGUUUGAUCAUCCACCCAAAUGGUGGUCUACAUCAUUUUUAUACUGUGCAACUCUUAUAAAAAUUAAUUCAUUUGGCAUUUGCAUUGCCUUCCUACA